GGGCGCAGCGUCAACGCUAUCAACAAUCACCGAGAUUCAAAAACACCCGGAAAGCGACAUCCACCAGCAAGCGGCCACCAGCCACCUGCAACAGACCCAUACUAGGGCUACCUUUCUGGGCAUUGAGAGAAGUUACUAUUGUGGUCUAGUAUUGGACAGUCUAUGGUUUGAAUAGAUUUGCUAAGCAGAGAACCCUGUACUGACAAAAGGAGUGCCAGCAGCAAGACUAGGCGCUCUUGGAAUAAAAGAAAAAGAGGCGCCCAAAUCUGUCCCUUCGGUGGACGGGAUCCCCUCCAUGCGCUUUGAGCGCCACUCUCGCGGAGCUAUCGCAACAAUGGACUCAGGUCUCCACGGGGAGCUCACUCUGUGUGCCAUAUCUCAGUGGGUCAGUGGUGGAUAUGCCUCGUAACGUGUGUUCUUUCCCAUGUUAACAUCGCUCUCUGAUAUUGUUUCCUUCACUCGCGUUUGGUAGAAGGUCCAGGGGAAUAGGACUGAAGAUGCCUGGACGGAACAGGUACAAUCUGGUGGACGAUGUCGCGGAUUCGCGGGUCCCCCUCCAUAAUGAAGAGGCGUACCAACACGGGAUACAUUUCCAAGCUAAGUAUGUGGGCAGUCUGGAUGUUCCCAGGCCCAACAGUCGUAUGGAGAUCGUAGCAGCCAUGAGGAGGAUCAGGUAUGAGUUCAAGGCCAAGAACAUCAAGAAGAAGAAAGUGAGCAUCAUCGUGUCUGUGGACGGAGUCAAGGUGGUCCUCCGGAAGAAACAGAAGAGGAAAGAGUGGACCUGGGACGAGAGCAAGAUGCUGAUCAUGUCUGACCCCAUAUACAGGAUCUUCUACGUGUCCCAUGACUCCCAGGACCUGAAGAUCUUCAGUUACAUCGCCAGAGAUGGCUCCAACAACUCCUUCAGGUGUAAUGUCUUCAAAACCAAGAAGAAGACCCAGGCCAUGCGUAUAGUGCGUACGGUGGGCCAGGCGUUUGAGGUGUGUCAUAAACUCAGUCUGCAGCACGCCCAUCAGGGUAUAGAUGGACAGGCAGAUGGAGAGAGUGACAAGUCUACAGAGGACACCCCCGCUGAGAGUCGUCAGUUGACAGGGGCAGAGGAGGAGGAGGAGGAGGGGGGUGGAGAGGAAGGGGAGCCCCAGGCACAGUCCCAGUCUGUGUGUGAGCAGGCGGUUAACGAGAUCCUCCAGAGUCUGGCCCAACUCAACGUGGUCCAGCCUGGACACACCAUCAUGGACUAUGAGAGCCGUUCCAGCUACACGGUGUCUCCGCAUGGCGUGGUUUCUCCCAGCAGCCCCUGCUCUCCGUCUCUCACCCCGCUGGCGGCGCGGCACUAUCUCCAGCUCCUCCAACAGCAGAUCCAGCAGCAGCAGCAACACACACAGGUGGCCGUCGCACAGGUGCAGCUCCUGAAGGAUCAGAUGUCAGUGGAGACCGCAGCUCGUAUAGAGGCCCAGGCCCGUGUCCACCAGCUGCUGCUGCAGAACAGAGACCUGCUCCAGCACCUGUCCCUGCUGGUCACACAGCUCAAACACCUGGAGAGCAAGGCACUGGGACAGGGUCAGGGUCAGGGACCGGGGGAGAGACACACACCGGGACACAAUGAACAGGAGUCGUCAUGGACGACCAGGUCCCUGUCACUCAACCUGAAGAACCACUACAGCCUGAGCAGCAUGGACCAGCCCAUCACCUCCACCCCCGCAGGGCCACUCCAAAACACCCCCCUCACCGCUGCCCAGAUGGACUGUGCCGAGUCCUACCUCAACCUCCUCAACCUGGAGAACGGGACCAAACCACUGGGCUCUCAAAACGGGGGGGAGGCGGAGACAGACACACUCAUCAGAAGAACAGCCAAGGGGAAGCCAGGGAGGAGAGACAGCUCGGAAGUGUCAUCCAAUGAGAUUGUGUGGUUCGAAACAAGGAAUUUGACAGCCCUGGAUGAAAGGUUUAAACAGAUCAUCCCUAAAUUGGACCCUCCUCCCCCGUCCUUCAACCGUAAGCGAGCCAGCCGAACUGUCUCUCCGGGGUUGGAGUUCAACCCGCUGACCACGCCCCUGACAACACAAGUAGACGGGAAUGGUGGCGUUCCGAGCCGGAGCGAGAGCCUGUCCUUCCCAGACAUCACACCCUGCUCCCUCGCUUCUGGACUCUCUGGAGACUUCCACUCGCUCAGCAACGGAGGCGGCGAGAGCGGCUCGUGCGGCUCGGCUAGCGAGGAUUCCGGCGUCCGCUCCGAGACUAAAUCGCAGCUGUCGCCCCUCCACGACGAAGAGGACCCGUUUGGGGAUAGGGGGACGUUCCUGACGGCCUCUAGCGGCUGUGGCAGCCCCCUUGUAGACAUGAGGGGGGAAACUGCGCCCCUGUCAUGCGUCACCGCCACCCCAGGCACACACGCGAACAGCUACGAGCACACGCUCCCCUUCUCCUCCCCCAUCAAUGACACCUGUCUGCACAUCAGCUUCUCAGAAGAUGAGUUGCUGGACAGCAGCCCUGAGGACUCCAGUGUCCCACAACGGAGCUAGGAAGACGGGCUGGGAGAGCUACAAGCCCUGGCUUCAUUUGAGGCCUCUGGGGCUGGGGACUCCUAGCUGACUGACACUGAUGCUGCAACAAACACCACACAAUAAAAUGACUGAUACAGACUGUUAUCAGAGCUUCUAAAGCUCUCUGAAAUGCAAUAGUGUUUGUAGGCCUCAUUUGGUCCAUAUUCCUAAAAUGUUGAGUAAACUGGAUUUCAAGACUUUAGUUAUUCUGUCCUUUCACAACACACAGAUAACGCAUGGCCUAAACAUACUUCAACACAUUCACUGAAAAGGAACAUAAAAUUAUCUAUUAUUCUAUAAAUUAUUGCCAUAUGGACAGAUCCUAGUAUUUUUAUAGAGAAUAAUGAUUUGAUUUGUUAUUAGUAAAUAAGUAGAGAAUUGAGAAGAAUCAUGUAGCAGAAGUCUUUCACUGCUAGAGUAGCGAAUAAUGUCAGCGGCAAGUUAGUAGUCAACAUGCUUUUAAUGUAUUUUUAUUACAUACGCUCAACUGAUUUACAGGGUUUUCUACAUCACCCAAGCAUUAUUGAAAUGGAAGUGACAUAGGAACGUUAUGGGAACAUUGUGGGAACGUUGGAUGUGAAGUGCUGUGGCGUUGAGAACGGCUGCCCUCUCUCAGGCAUCAGACUAUGAAGAGAAGAAAGGAACAAGGAAGUGAUAGACAAGGAAGAGAAGUGGUGAUGGAACUGUGUUUGUGUGUGUUUGGUCACUCACACUCAUACUCACAGUGUGGUACUUUGAUUAUGUGUGUUUACACAUUAUGUUUGGUUUUAGAAUGUUGUACACCACUCCUAUAGCCUUCAGACCACACAGUUUAAAAAGUAGAAAAGGUAGAUUUUUCUGGGACAUUUCAAUAAUGAUGGAUUCAUCUGUACAGCAAUAAGAGCCAACAUUGAUUAGUUGAAUCUUGGUUUUAGGGCUAGAAGAGCCAACGUGAUUGGCUGAAUGUUGGUUUUAGGGCUAGUAAACAGCUCUGAUCUGAAAAGCUGGCCAAUGGCCUGACAAGCAGUGAAACCUAACAGAUGGUUCCAAGUGGAAUGGUGUUAUUACAUGAAUGGUGAGGAAUGAAGGGUUUAAUGACGCCCCUGAAUGGCAAAAGAAAGAGAGGAAAAACUGUUAUAACAGGGUAAUAACAGGGUUGGGUCAGUAAUUCUCUAUAAACAUGGUCUCACGGUGAGAAACAUGGCGAUUGUCUCAUCUCCAUACUUACACAGGCUAUCUGGAUGACAACAACAACAGAUAUAUGUUAUGUGCAUGACUAGUCUAGGGGUUUAUUCCUGGUCAGGUCACAUGGUCAAGAACAACUCCUGCCCUUAUUUGAGAGUGAGAUCAUGAGAUUGAGUUAAACUGACUACUUCAAAUGAAUUGAACAUUAGUACCUAUUCUAAAUGUGGGCUUAUUCUGGAUGGCAGGUUGAGGUGAUGACGAGUUGGUUAAGGAGAGAUAUGAUUGGACGACACAGUGCAGGUGUCGACUGGUGAUUGGCUAGAAGGAGUCGGAGGAGCUGAAGAGAGGGCGGCUUUUCUUUAUAACACUUUGAAGGAGAGAAAAACACAGCAAUAAUAAACAAACGAGUGAAUUAAUUAAUAAAAGACUAGUUGAACAAC